UUGACAUUUUGUUAUUGGUGCUGCAUUAUUUCUAUACCAUUUAAUUUGGCGAACCAAAAACGUAAAAAUGUCGGCCCAUUUAAGCGAUGCGGAAAAAGCAAGAUUGACACAAAAACAUGAAAAUACGUUGAAGCUUCGUAAGGAAUAUAUAAAACAAAUGUCAAAUCCUUAUCGUCAUGGCACGAAGGAAGGUGGUAUUAUAUUCGAUGCUGGCAUCACACGUUUUCAAGCUAUGACUGUCUCGCAUAUAGAACAUUUUAAACCAACUCCUAAGUCAUUUAAAACUGGCAUGUUUCUUGUUGUUUUACCAAUUUGCUUAUAUGCUUGGUUGCUUAAGUCUGAUCGUGAUGCUAAGGAACAUAAAUAUCGCACGGGCCAAGUAGCUUACAAGGAUCGUAAUUUUAAAUUUAUCUAAACUGGUAUAGAUGUGCAGUACGAACCAUGUAAACAAUAUUAAAAUAAUUUUAAUUGCAAAUAAUUAAAGUCUCUUGAAAUUUGUUUAUUAAA